GCCAUCCUCUCAUCUAAUUGCUUCUCAGCCGAGAAGAGACCGCCUCCCCGUGGUAUAUAACAAAGUUUGUGAGACCAUACCAACCAACCCAACUACACCCGCAAGCGCGUCGCCGAGCUGGUACGGGCCGGCGGCAUCGACGAUCGGAGAGGGGAAUUUAGGCAAGCCAGCUCGCCGAAUCAUUCCUUCCAUGGCCUGCAACUGCAUGCUCUGAUAUAACUACAAGCUAUAUAGGGCGCGUCUCCGAGGAAAGCGACUUCACAAACCGAUCGAGCUGUUCCAUUGUGCGAGUAAAGUCAUUAAGAGGUAGUAGUACUAGCAUCGACCGAUCGAUGGUUGCGCAGAGGGCGGCGUCAUGGCUGCCGGUGGAUUUCCGGCUGCCGGCGGGGCCGCAGGCGACGCUGGGGAUCCUGGCGUUCGAGGCGGCGGCGGCCAUGUCGAGGCUGCUGUCGCUGCACCGGUCGCUCUCGGAGCAGGAGGUCUCCAGGCUGCGGUCUGACGCCAUGCGCUCCCCUGGCGUGGCGUACCUCAACUCCACCGACCAGGCCUUCCUCCUCCGCCUGGCCUGCGCCGAGCUGGUCGCCUCGCUCGAUGCCGCUGCCGCUGCCGUCGCGCGCCUGGGCUUGCGCUGCGGCAUCGACUUCGGCGGGGUGUACGCGAGCGUCAAGGCCGGGGGCGUGUCCAAUUCCGACGCGCGGCUCGACCCGCUGCUGGCGGGCAAAGGCGGGCUCAAGGUCAAGGCCAAGAAGAUGGAGCGGCUCGUGGCGGCCACGUCCAAGCUGUGCUCCGAGAUGGAGGCGCUCGACGAGCUGGAAGCCGCCGAGCGGAAGCUCGCCACACGCGGCUGGAGCCGGCUCAGCGGGCCGAUCCCCGCCAAGCUCGCGCCCGACCCCCCGCCGUGUGCCAGCGACCCCCUCGGCGCUGAGUCCAUCCGGCAGGAGAUCAAGACGCAGCAGCUCAAGGUGCGGCGGCUCAAGGAGGAGUCCCUGUGGAGCCAGAGCUACGAGAAAGCCGUCGGCCUCAUGGCGCGCGCCGCCUGCGCCGUCUUCGCCCGCAUCUGCACCGUCUUCGGACAGUACGUGCCAGGCCUUCCCCCUGCGCCGACGCCAUCGUCAUCGGCCACGACGAGCGACAGAGUCCAGACCCGAAUCGCCAAGCUGCUGAACCCGCGAACGGGGAAGGCCAAGGCCUCGUCCGGGCCGAUGCUCGCGCGCCCGUCCAGAGUCCACCCGCCGGCGCCGCUGAGCAGCUCGUGCCCGAUCAUCGGCACGAUCAGGCCUUAUUCGUCCGGAUCAGGACAGAAGCCCGGGGGCACGGACUGGCGCAAGCUCCUGGACGCGCCGCCCAGCACGGUGGGCGGCGCCGGGCUGGACCAGCAGUACGCGAACGUGAUCGCGUCCGCGGAGCAGCUGCUGCAGAUGGAGGCCGAGGGGCGGCAGGAGGAAGCCAACGCGGAGCGCGCCGAGAUGUACGAGAUGCUCCCCGGGAAGCUCAGGGCGGCGGUGCGGUCGAAGCUGCGCGACUGGUGGCGGCGUGACCCGGGCCCGCUGGACGACGGGCUGGCGGAAGGGUGGAAGGAGGCCGUGGGCCGGAUCAUGGCGUGGCUCGGCCCCAUGGCCCGGGACACGGUGCAGUGGCAGGCGGAGCGGAACAUGGACCGGACGCGGCGGUUCGACGGCGGCACGCGCGUGUACGCGCUGCAGACGCUCCGUUGGGCCGACAAGGAGAAAGCCGAGGCGGCCAUUGUCGAGGUGCUCGUCGCGCUCAGCUGCGUCUGCUGGUACGAGGAGCGGCGCCGCGGCUCCGUCCGCCUCUGAGAUUAUUCCGAUUGAACCGUUCAACCGAUCGAUCAUGGCGGACGGCAGCAUACUCUUUGUCCAAAGCAUUUCUUUUUCUUCUUUCUUAGUAGGUUUUUCUUCUUCUCGGCUGCGUUUGUCAAAGCAUUGAUUCGAUGAGUGAAUUUUUGUGUGUGUGUGUGUGGGGGGGGGGGGGGGGGCAGGUUGCUAGAUCAGGUUACAAUUCAACGGGGGUUAGUAGCAGUAGCGGUGAAAGUUUGAAAGUUGGAGGGAGAAAAUUAAGCUCAGGUCGAUUGGUUGGUUUGCGUUACGGCGAUUGUCAGCGGUCUGAGAGCUGGCACGUGCCGGGCCCGGCCUGCCGGUCUCUCCUCGGUGUAUAAGUUGUCACACGAAAAGGACUGUACAAUGACACGAUUGAUUCUUUGAAAUUUGUUUGUUCAAACCA